UCCUCCUCAUUAGUCAUUCCAGACAGAGUCGCACAGUCAGUUGCUUCCGAUCGGUUGAGUUGUUUGCUUAGAGUGAAAUAAUCACAGUUAAGCGGGUGCGACAAGUUUGAACUUAAAAAGGCGCGUAAUUGGCCGCGUGGUGUCUUUGUGAGGGGUGUUUGAAUGCCAAAUAUUAUAUCAGAACUGUUGAAGUAGGUCAGUGACAUCCAGCAGGCAGAAACUGGGAGCAAUGAUCUUAGUCUUCAUUGUGGCAAUAGUGGCCAUUGGCCUCGGCGUGUUCCUCUUUCAAAAGUUUUCCAAUGUACUGUAUUACGGAGCUAAAAUUGGAGGACCCAAGGGUUACCCGCUGAUCGGAAAUGCUCUGUUAUUCAUUAAUAAAACUCCCCCUGCCUUUUUUCGAGCCAUUGAGGAUACGGUCAAGCAAGCGGGAAAGUGCUUCCGGCUAUGGCUGGGUCCGGAGCUCCUGAUCGUGAUAACGGACGCCAAGGUCGCCGAGGCCAUCCUUAGCAGUCCAAAAUACAUUGAAAAGUCGGGCGAGUACGAUUUUAUCCGACCCUGGCUGGGCGAAGGAUUACUCACCAGUAGCAACCGGAAAUGGCACUCCCAUCGAAAGAUUAUAACGCCGACGUUCCAUUUCAAAAUUUUGGAACAGUUCGUGGAGAUUUUCGACCAUCAAAGCAGUAUCUUCAUCGAACAACUCGGACCCAGAGCGGCCAGUGGACGUAGUUUUGAUGUUUUUCCACUUGUCACGCUGUGUGCACUGGAUGUAAUUUGUGAGUCUGCUAUGGGAACUAAAGUGUACGCCCAGACUAACUCUGAUUCUGACUACGUUAAGGCUGUCAAAGAAAUAACGUAUAUUAUUCAUGUACGCACGUACGACGUCAUGGCUCGAUACAACAUCCCGUUCAAGGUAUCCCCGUACAAAAAAAGACAAGACGAAGCCCUCAGGAUUCUUCAUGGACACACCAAUAACGUUAUCCAAUCGAGACGACGUGAGCUCGUCAAUGGUUCCUUCGUGCAGGAUAAAGAGAAUGACGUAGGAAUCCGCAGGAAAAUUGCGUUCUUGGACAUGCUAUUGCAGACCACGGUCGAUGGGCGACCGCUGACUGAUGUAGAAAUUCGCGAGGAAGUUGAUACAUUUAUGUUUGAAGGACACGAUACUACGACCUCCGCCAUUAGCUUCCUGCUUUACAGGCUCGCAAAGCAUCAAGAUGUUCAACGGAAGGUAUACGAUGAAAUUAUCGCUAUAAUCGGCGAUGAUCUACAACAGUCGGUGACACUCUCUAUGUUGAAUGAGUUGCAUUACUUGGAUUUAGUAGUCAAGGAGACCCUUCGUCUGUAUCCUUCGGUUCCAUUCUUCGGGAGGAAGAUGCUAGAAAAUAAUGAGAUCGAAGGAAAAAUGUUUCCAGCUGGAGCGAGUCUCGUUAUAAUGCCAUUUUUCAUGGGCCGUGAUCCCGAAUAUUUCGAGGAUCCUCUCGAAUUUCGACCGGAGAGGUUCAGUGUGGAAACAUCUGCGGAAAAAAACAAUCCGUAUCGCUACAUUCCAUUCAGUGCGGGACCACGCAAUUGUAUAGGACAGAAGUUUGCGAUGGCCGAAAUAAAAAGUCUGGUCAGUAAAGUGUUGCGACAUUUUCAAGUCCUUCCCCCGGAACAGGAACAGGAAGAAUCUUUUGUUGGGGAAAUGAUUCUCAGGCCAACUUUUGGUAUUCAGUUGCGGCUUAAGAGAAGAAAUUGAUGUUUACGUUAUAGGAUAGUUAAUUGUUGCAAAAUGUUGUUUCAUUAUUUUUUAUGGAAUGAGUUUACAAAAUAUCUAAAGAAAAUUGGUCUUUGUUGGUUAGAAAACAAUACUUUUUAUUUCAAACAAUGUA